AUGGUUGUCGUGGGGAAGCAGCGCGAGGAGGACUUCGGCGAGCCCGUCCUGGCCAGCCUGCUGGCGUCCGACCGAACCCCAUGGUAUAAAAAGCCCAACUUGCGAAACCUUUACUUCAUUUUGUUCCCUGCUUGUAUGGGGAUUGAGAUCACGUCCGGAUUUGAUUCUCAGAUUAUCAAUACCGUGCAGAUUGUGUACACGUGGAAUAAAUACUUCGGCCACCCUACUGGUGAAUUCGAGGAUGGACAGGAAGUAUACGAGAUCGAGCCGAAUAUCAAAGGGUUUCUGGCGGCGGCAUACUCUCUGGGUGCUAUCAUCUCCCUUCCAUUUAUCCCGUUUGUCAACAAAUUCUUGGGACGACGAUGGACCAUCAUGUUUGGCUCAGGUAUCAGUCUAGUAGGUGCCCUGAUUCAGGGCUUCUCCAAUGGCAUUGGCAUGUACAUUGUUGCACGAAUUCUGUUGGGAUUCGGGAUCCCCUUCUGCAUUGUUGCCGGGUCCUCGCUGAUCGGAGAACUGGGUUAUCCCAAGGAGAGACCCAUCCUCACGUCGCUGUUUAACUCGUCCUACUUUAUCGGCCAGAUCACCGCUGCCGCCGUGGGGUUGGGCACAGUCACUAUUCCAUCUGACUGGGCGUGGCGGAUUCCGUCACUCCUGCAGAUUGCACCAGCUAUGGUGCAGAUCUGCACAGUUCUUUUUCUCCCUGAAAGCCCUCGUUACCUCAUCAGCAAAGAUCGACGAGAGGAAGCCUUUGAUAUUCUUGUCAAAUACCACGCCGAAGGGGAUCGCGACUCGGUGAUCGUGAGGACGGAGAUUGCCCAGAUCGAACGCACAAUCAAGAUGGAACUGGAGGAUGCCAAGCAGACCUGGUGGGACAUGUUCAAGACGUCUGGUAUGCGGCGUCGUCUGCUUAUCUCUGCAUUCCUAGGUUUAUUUACACAGUGGUCUGGAAACACUCUGAUCUCGUACUACCUGAGUGACCUGCUGAACAUGGUCGAUAUUACUGACAGCGUUAUCAAGUCCAAGAUCAACAUCGGGAUCGCCUGCUGGGGCCUUGUUUGCGGUACGGCGCUGGCGCUGACAGUCCCGCGGUUCAAACGGCGAACAAUGUAUCUCACGUGUGCUUCGGCCUUACUCUGUGUAUACAUCGCGUGGACAAUUUCCAUGGAAAGAUUCAUGAAUACGCAGGCUAAGUCCGCAGCAAUCUUGACAAUCUUCUUUAUCUUCGCAUACUCGCCCGCGUACAAUCUGGGUUAUAAUGCCCUGACUUACACAUACCUUGUUGAGAUCUUCCCUUACUCUGGUCGCUCGCAGGGUCUCUCCUGGUUCCAGUUCUACGGUCGUGGUGCUGGAUUCUUCGCGACUUAUGUCAAUCCGGUCGGUCUGUCUCGCAUUGCCUGGAAAUGGCUAAUCGUGUACUGUUGCUGGCUGGGUUUUGAGCUUGUCUUCAUAUACUUCUUCUUUCCGGAGACUUCGGGGCGUACCUUGGAGGAACUGUCAUUCAUGUUCGAGGGCAAGGAGAAGGCCAACGAAGUCGCCGCCGCUGGCUAUCAGCAGAAAGAUGAUGAAUUUGAGAGAAAGGAAAGCACGGCUCAUAUCGAAAUUCGAGAGAAUACUAAGCAUUCCGCCUAG